GAUGAUGUGUAUUUAUCCGGUAACAAAUCAGCUGCUGUCUAAUCUUUAGUUUACAGGUUGUUUAGUGUCGGAGCAGCUGUUAAAUAAGUCCAUCAGAGAACGGAGUUAACUCAGCGUUAGCUAGCUAACAUACAAGCGGAAGAAGUUAUUACUGAGCGCUGAGUAGUUAGUUAGUAACAGCGGUCAUGUCUGCGGUGUUUUCCCUCCUGUCAGCCGACCCUGGGCUCUCCUAGCUGGGUUGGAAAUAGAUGGGGUGCCACGUUCCCAGAGGAUGGAGCAUUUAACCCUGCAUCAUAAUGGCUGCUGUGACGGUGUGGCGAUACACCAGCGGCAGGGUCCUGGGAGGAUGGGGCCCAGUGCUUUGUGUCCUCCUCGGGUCCCUGGUGGUCCUCCUCAUGCCUCUGGUCGGGGUGGAGGACCGGUGCUGUGUCACCUUGAAGGGCAUCGCCCAGCUCCGCUGUCAGCUGUGGGGGAGCCCCCCUCAAACUCCAACGGUGCAGUCAACCAGCCUUACUGUCCCCUUCACUGCUCUUGAUCUGCUGCCUCAGAGGUCUAAGCCGAGCAAAGAGAUGAAGCUGGAGGCCAAAGCAGCGCUGCAGCAGGCUCUGGAGAUGAAGAAGGUGGGGAAGAGGGAGAAGGCCCACAAGCUGCUGGUGCACGCACUCAGUAUGAAUCCAGAUUUUGUGGAUGCCCUAACAGAGCUGGGGACUAUUUUGGAGGAGGAGAAAGAUGUCGUCCAGGCGGACCACCUCUACACCAAAGCCUUGACCAUCUCCCCGUGCAAUGAGAGGGCUCUGGUCAGCCGAGACAGAACUCUCCCGCUGGUGGAGGAGAUUGACCAGCGUCACUUUGGCAUUAUUGACAGUAAAGUGCGCAGGCUUAUGUCCAUUCCUAAAGGCAACUCUGCACUCCGACGAGUGAUGGAGGAAACCUACUACCACCACAUUUACCACACAGUGGCCAUUGAAGGCAGCACGCUCACUCUAUCUGAGAUCCGCCAUAUCAUCGAGACACGAUACGCAGUGCCCGGGAAGAGCCUGCAAGAGCAGAACGAGGCCAUCGGUGUGGAUGCAGCAAUGAAAUACAUCAACACCACUCUUUUGUCCAGAACAGGAGCCAUGACUGUCAGUGACAUCCUGGAGAUUCACCUGCGAGUCCUCGGCUAUGUAGACCCUGUGGAGGGAGGGAGGCUGCGCACUAGUCAGGUGUUUGUGGGCCACCACAUCCCGCCCCACCCUCGGGACCUGCAGCGACACAUGGAGGAGCUGAUUCAGUGGCUCAAUUCUGAGGAGGCCCUGCAGCUGCACCCUGUGGAGUACGCAGCUCUCGCCCACUACAAACUGGUGUAUGUGCACCCGUUUGUAGACGGCAACGGACGCACAUCACGGCUGCUAAUGAACCUUGUGCUCAUGCAGGCGCGAUACCCGCCCAUCACUAUUCGGAAAGAACAAAGGGCUGAAUACUACGCAGCUCUGGACACAGCCAAUGAGGGAGAUGUACGUCCUUUCAUCCGCUUUAUAGCCAAAUGUACAGAGAUGACUUUGGACACUUUGUUGAUUUCUACAACAGAGCACGCUGUGGGGUUGCCGGGAGCCGGACAGGACCAGGCCUGUCCUAACUGCAAACAGACUAUCCCAGUCCACAACUGAUUUGGAGAUGGAGUGGAAAAAGGAAGCACGAGGGAGCAAGUUUUUCACAAAUUUAAAGACUCUUUAAUGGCAACCGUACUUUAGUUGAAUUGCCUUGUUACUCGGCCUUACUCUCAACUCCUGCUGCAAGAACACUUUCCACCUCUUACCUGCUAAAUCCUCUUUAAUAGAAAUCUGGUUUUGCCGAACUUGGGUUUGCUAUCAUAGAACAUGAAACCAGUUUCCCACUUUCAGUAUUCAACCAUAUUCUAACUGCAUCAGAAUCAAAUCUGAAGUUUUGACUGCUGGUGAUGUAAAGCUUUCGUAUCAUGUUUGACUUCAAUUCUUCAGUGAUUCUACUCAUGACAUUGUGUACAGGGGUGGGUAAUGUGGGCUUUCAGUUGAACUUUGGGAUAAAGGAGACGUGUCAUAACACUGUAAAGCACUUUCUGGUAUUUGAUUAUUUAUUUUAUUUUAAAAUAAAAGUGUUCUAUUAA